GAAUCGAGCAAACCAGGUGGAGAUAAUGCAAAAAAUUCACUUGUUUAGUUCCCGCCACAUUCAUGAAAUAGGAUGCUAGACAUCUAAAAGUACAUUACAAGGCAUAUUAAAAAAGCUGUGGAGAUACAUGUAUAUUCAUCACCAAUACACAUGGAAACAGGAACCAUCAAUAUCCAUGAUAUCAGCAAUGAAGUAUUCAUCAAUGAUGUAUUAGGAGUUUUGAAAUUCUUCCUUUUGGAUGUAGUCGACAGGUCAAGAGUUACUAGAGCUGAACUGUACAAAAGAGUUAAUAGCCACAAUCUAAGAUGUAGAGAAAUGCCUUACAGGACAAGAACAAUUCUUGAUGAAGCAGUCAUGAAGCCCAGACACGAAGCUGACAUAACAGAACUCAGUACUUUAAUUAAAAAUUUAAUAGUUGCAUCUGAUUUUGGAAAACAAUUUGAAUUUGAGUUAACAUUGCAUAAUGUUGUGAGAGCUGCAAAGGGGUUGAGAAAUCAAUUAAGACAUCCUAAACAUCCGGGACAACCAUUAUCAAAACAGCAAUGUGUAUCAAUUUUAGUGCAGCUUAUGAACCUGGCAUACAGAUUGAAACAACUUUUUGAUGAAGUAGAAACUGAAUAUUUUCAGCAUGUCAUAUAUAAAAUAAUUGACAAAUUUUUCAACCCUGAAAGAAGGAAGAAAGUUAUUGAAGAUGUUCUCAGAGAAGAGUCUGACGUGAAAGAGAUAAAAGUGAUAGAAGAGAAAGAGUGUGUUAAAUUCAUUCUAUGCGAAGUUGGAACAGAAAAAGAUGACAGCAAGAUCGGACCCAUGAAUCAUGAUUUGGAAGAAAAUGCAAAUGAAGAUGUUAAAAAACACUGUCAUGCAGAAAGAAUAAAACUGGGCAUGACAAAGACCAGUAUAGAUGAAGAAGAAAAAAGUCUUGAAGACAAUACUUAUGAAGCUGUUAAGAAGGACUGUGAUACUGAAAGGAACAUACUGGGUAAUAGUGAUUGGAACAUACGGGAUAAUGGCGAAUGGAACAUACAGGGACAUGGCGAAAGGAACAUACAGGAUCAUGGUGAAAGGAACAUACGAGGUCAUGGUGAAAGGAAUAUACAGGGUCAUGGUGAAAAGAACAUACAGGGUAAUGGCGAAUGGAACAGGCAGGGUGAUGGUGAAAGGAACAUACAGGGUCACGGCGAAAGGAACAACCAGGGUCAUGGCAAAAGGAACAUAAAAAGCAUUAGCAGCGUCAAUGACAAAGGAGAAAGGUAUGAAAGAUAUAGUAAUGACUGUGAGCUGUAUGCUUUGUCUCCAAUAGAUAAUAAGAGCAAACCAAGGACUAAUGAUAAAAAGAUGACAAGGUCAAAUACAGUAUGGCAUAUAACAAGAAAAAGUGAAAAUGUCAAGUACUUGAUGGAAGAUCCUGUAGUUAAACCUGACAUUUGCUACAUGGAAGAGGAUCCUCCUCAGGGUGAAAUGCAAAAGAUGAUUCAACUAGAAAAGAAGCUUCAACAAAGAGUUUGUGGAUUGAGCAUGAUUUCAUCAAGGGAAGUCAGUCGCCCAGGAAGACCAGUUCUACCUAUUUUAACCCAGACUGACCCAUUAUUGUUUUUGUUGGGAAAUGAAGAUAUUUCAUGUCGUCUAGCAUAUCAGCUUCAAGUUGGAUUAAUGUAUCAUAAUAAAAUAACAUUUUUAUUAUUAUCACAACUUGAAAAAGCCAAACAGCCUUCAUUUCAUAUAAACAAAUCUGAGAGUUGUAAAAAUUAUAAGUAUGACCUACUUAUAUGUUAUUUUCUAGAUGACAGAGAAAAAGCUAUUAGAAUUAAGAGCUUGAUCAAGGUUGCUAUUAAUGAUGUUAGCGUAAAAUUAUAUGAAGAAGUUGCCACCCCUGGUGGUUUUAAAUUUGAGCUUCCACCAAAAUCCAGAAAAUUCCUGAUACUUAUAACAAAGGGUAUGAUUGAGGAUAAGAGUUUGAUUCAUGAAAUUGAAAAUUUCAUUGUUGGGACGGCAAAUGAAAAUCUUUUGCCACAGGAUUAUUUUGUGUCAGUGGUGGAUAAUCAUGCAGAAGUUCCAAAAUCAUUCAUUGCAAUCAAACAGUUCCCUUUAGCUAAUAUUGCAGAUUUCAUAGACUGGUAUAAAAGGUCUUGA